UGCUCUUCAUAGUUCACUGAAUAGUCAGUUGCACGCGGACUGACCCAUUGCUUUCCCCGUAAAAGUGAAGAGUUAAAUCAGGUUGACUCUUUCUCCCUGCUCUGUAUGGUCGAGUACCAACCAAUGUCCUAUCAGUAUGUGCACAUCAAGAUCGCUUUUACCUUUUUGUGGGCGAGGAGGGAUUUCUAAGAGUAUAAAAUGCAACCUAUCUUCCUUUUGUCAUGGCGAAUAUUAUUUCGCUCAUUGUAGUAAUUCUUGGUUGCAUCGUACUGGUCCAUGCGGAACCAACAACAGCAGUUAACAGCUAUCCCAUUAUAGGAGAAAGCAAUGGUUUCGAGUAUAAUAGCAACAUCAUCAACAAUGGUGCUUACAUGGCUGACAAAGAAAGUCAUAGAGAAAACAUGAAUUUUUACGGUGGAGGAAAUAGUGGACAUUUAUUGACCAACAGCAGGAAUCACGGAAAUCUCGAAGAAAGUUUAACAAGCAAUUCUUAUAACGGAUUUUCACCUAGUUCCCACAAUACUGACUUCUCUACUUACUCUAAUACUGGUAAUCGUGAAAAUCUCGCUUCGAAUUCCUAUUUUGCAAAUAAUGCUGCUCAAUCCAGUUUUGGUAGUUACACGAGUAGCAACAGCAAUGGAGAUUCUACCUUAAAAACUUAUACUCAUGGCAAUGAUCAAGCCGGAUCUGAUUUCAAUCAAUUCUCUAUUAACAAACACAAGAAUCUCUCUUACAUGAAAUUUUCCGAUAAUUUAACCGGUGCUACUAGCGCGGGAAAUUAUCCUGAACUAGUUACAGAGAAUUCUUCUUUCAGAGAAGAGUACUCUGGCGAUUCUUUUAGGAAUCACGCGUCUAAUGAUGCAGGAUUCACGGAUGGUAUUGAUCAAGUCUACAACAGAGAAGUUCCUAAUCUAUUUAAUAAUCAUAAUAAUGAUUAUUCAUAUGGAAAAUAUAAAGAUACUACAUUUAAUAUAGGAGGAAGCAAUAAAUUUAUGAAUGAUGUAUAUUCCUUCCAUCCUGAAACCCGUUACGUGCGAGGAAGUCAUGGAAACAUAGGACAUGAUUACAGUUCUUCAAUGAUUUUAUCUAAUCCUGGAAAUAAUCUUUUCGGCAAUAUUCGUGGAAAUAGCGGUGUUUAUGGAAAAUUAAAUAAAUAUAAUAAAUAUUUAGGUGAUUAUAUUUCAAAUGGUUUAAACUAUCUUUCCAAGGAACAAGAUAUUGAUUAUUUAUUUGGUAAUCAUGGUAAAGGUAAUGGAAAAUUGGCUACAAUUAAAGAAGGCAGACCAAAUAAUUAUUUUGGUGGAUCUUUGUAUGUCAAUAAAAUUGUCGGAAGUCAUAAAAGUAAACCAAAUUUUAUGAAUUCAUAUCCUAGUAGUUCAUCGAUAGCGUAUUCGUCUACACCGAAUUUACAUAGUGGUAACAAUUAUGCUGAUAGGCCUGUGUUAAGAAGAUAUCGAAGCAAUAGUUAUGUACCAGGACAUGCUAGUUCAUAUUCUGGUUAUUACUAAUAAUUUUUUAAUAACUUAAAUGUGUAUGAUG